AUGAUAUACUGUACUCUAUGCGGAAUUCAUAUCACUGCACAGACUGGCGAAACAUGGCUCCAGGAGUUUCGAGCAAUCUGGGUUGAGAGCGAUUUAGUGGACCAUGUCGCUGUUUCUGGUGUCGGCCGACGGAGCAACAACGACGAUGAAUUUUUUGGAACCGCUCCAGAUGAUCCAAAGAAGCGCUACGACGACGAUACUGGGCCAGGUACCACUAUCGAUGUGGCUUUGACACCCAGUAGACCAACCAUUUUCACACGCUCCCUAGAUGAAGAUGUCUCGGCUUGGGGCUAUGGAUUUCACGCAUCUUGCUGGAGUAUCUUCACAAAGUAUUCCACCCCGAACCUGGGCCACUUAUUUGCGGCGUGUUUGUCCAUGCCAACUGGCCAAGAAGCCUUCCUGAACUGGGGUCAUGACUAUGGAGGAGCAAGCAUACUGGAAAAAGGGUUCGAAGUGCCGACACAAGAUACUCGCUUCCCUGACCCACGAACUAUACCCAAUCCCUUUCGAUCAGAUCCGUUUCACAUCCCCGCCCUAGCCAAUGCAAUCCAACAAACAGCUCGCUUACAGAACGAUAUAUUCCUAAGUCAUGUCACAUUCAACACUAAGGCCCUUACUAAAGACCCCUUCUUUCGCUUGUCUCCAGAUAUCUUACAGUUAAUCACUGUAUUGCUAUCAACCUCAGAAAUUCAUGCAAUACGGCUUGCAUCCCCGGUCUUUGCCUCCCUUCAAUUAACUGAAAGAUUCUGGGCCUCACGGUUCCAACCAGGCCACGAGUUCGAGUAUAUACCCGAGGUCAUAGAUCAUCCGCCUGAAUCAUGGAGAGCCUUCUACUCAUCACUCCAAAUCUGGGCCCUAAAUGACCCUCAUAUGGCUAAUCGCAAGCGAAUUUGGAGCCUUGCGAAAACAGUGCAUGGCCUAGUGUCUCAGAUGGAGGACAUACCUUGCCAAGGGAGGCCCCUACAAACUUGGUUUGAGACUUCUGCGGAUUUAGAUGAUACUUCAGCUUGCUGGCACACGGCGGCAUGUGCAAGUACCCAACCGAAUGAUUCAUUCCUCAAUGGCAAUCGAGUUUUACGAGCUCGCAUCCUCAGUUUCUCGCCAACGCUCAUGAUGCAUAGGAUGUCUGUAUCAUUUGUGAAUCUACCAGAGGGGGUGUUUGUUUCUGGCCUGGUCCUGAUUAAUCACAGCCAUGAGCGCUAUGUUAUCGGGUACAUACAUGAGGGUAAUAUGGUUGACAUUCAUCUUCCUAAUGCACAACAUAUCCAAGGCUGGGAGCUUGCCUUGCAUACAUCUGGCGUUAAAGCAAUGGCUCUUAUCUAUGAGGAUGGGGUACUAUCUAGCUGGGCCGGCGACCCGGCUGGUACUCCACGAUGGCGCUUAGCUGGAGCCCCCGGCCUUUUAGCAAUCAAAGCUGAGUUUGAUGCCAUAAAGCUCGUCAAACUUAGCCGACAAGGCUCACUUGAUGAGCUCAGCUGGCGCAAUAACUGCCUCUGGUAUCCUCAAGUUCCACCGAUGGGACUUCUUUACGAUUGGAACAGGGGCGAUAAGCCACCAAGCGAAUUUAAACUCCCCUUCACACGCGUCUUCUUUGGUGAAGCUGAUGACAUGUAUUCAUCAAUCCUUACUGAGAUCGUUGUUUGGAUCUUUGAUGUCUGCUAUAUCUCCGGCAUGGAAUUCCGCUUUGCUAAUCCCUCCCAUAACCGGCAGCUUGGAAACACUGGUCCAUUCGACGAAGAGUUCCCUGGACGACGAAACUUCUCGGACUCACAUGAUUCAAAUGUGUCAUUAAUAAUAGAUGGGGGUGCUGGAGAACGACUAAAGAGUCUUGAGGUUCAAGAACGAGGAGCGACUGUCGUGGGCAUGAAGAUAAACACUACUUUCAAUCGACAUGUACAAACUCCGGGAUAUCCUUAUGGAAUACAAAAAGGUUGGGUGACAGUCCAGCCUAAGGGAUCCCGAAUUGUUGGAAUGUUUGCCACCUGCAGACGUGGAUUGCUUGGCGAUGGCUUCAAUAUCGCGUGCGGAGCAUCCAGUGUUCAGUUGAUGGAAGAAGAGGGAAUGCAGCGGAUCCAACAUCCUAGAACAGGAGGUUCUUGUCCUGUUCGCGGCAAUGCCAAUGAGUCUUUUGAUCUCAACCAAAGAGCAAAUUGCAGCGAGGUCGAUCGCUGUCAUCAUCGUGCGGCUCUUCCUUGCGUCUUUAGCAUGGUGGAUCUUGACCUAGAUCGAUCUCGCCGGAUUGGCAACGCGCAGCAAGGCGAGUCAGAAUUCAAACUACGCAUCAGCGGUCAAAGGUCGUCUCUACCGGCGUGCUUGAUAGUCUGGUAG